GCCUGCUAGCUCUGUCUAACUCAUUAAGGAAUCCAGUAAGGUAGAAGCCAGAAAAUAAGGACUACCUUUAAUAAUACUUAGGCAUUGGAUAAAAGACAACGCGGCUCACGGGUCAUAAUGUUGUCUUACGUUCGGAAGAAAUUAAACUUGCAUCUGGCAGAGCGCCAACGACGUAGAAGUCGCCUCGUAUCUAAGGAUGGCAGGUGUAAUAUAGAAUUUGGAAAUGUGGAAGAGCAAUCAAGAGUGGCAUUCUUAGCUGAUAUUUGGACCACAAUCUUAGACCUCAAAUGGAGGUACAAAAUGACAGUUUUUAUUUCUGCCUUUUUAGGGAGCUGGUUCCUUUUUGGCCUAUUGUGGUAUGCUGUGGCUUAUUUACACAAAGACCUUCCAGAAUUUAAUCCUUCUGUAAAUCACACACCCUGUGUGGAAAACAUAAAUGGCUUGACCUCCUCUUUUCUAUUCUCUUUGGAAACUCAGGUGACAAUCGGGUAUGGAUUUCGUUGUGUGACUGAGCAAUGUGCCACAGCAAUAUUUUUACUGGUGGUUCAGUCAAUUCUGGGGGUAAUAAUUAACUCAUUUAUGUGUGGAGCUAUUCUUGCUAAGAUUUCAAGACCCAAAAAAAGAGCUAAAACCAUCACCUUUAGCAAAAAUGCAGUAAUAAGCAAGAGAGGAGGAAAACUCUGUCUUCUUAUCAGAGUGGCAAAUCUCAGAAAGAGUCUGCUAAUUGGGAGUCAUAUUUAUGGAAAGCUGUUAAAAACUACUGUGACUCCAGAAGGAGAGACAAUCAUACUAGAUCAAGUCAACAUUGAAUUUACAGUCGACGCAGGAAGUGAGAAUCUGUUUUUUGUUUCCCCACUAACAAUUUAUCACAUUAUUGAUAAAGAUAGUCCUUUUUUUGAGAUGUCUGCCGAGACUUUACUGCAGCAUGACUUUGAACUAGUGGUCUUCCUUGAUGGAACUGUCGAGUCCACAAGUGCUACCUGCCAAGUUCGUACAUCCUUCAUUCCAGAUGAAGUGCUCUGGGGAUACCGUUUUGCACCUCUUGUGUCCAAGACCAAGGAAGGCAAAUAUCGUGUGGAUUUCUCCAACUUCAGCAAGACUUUGGAGGUAGAAACACCCCAUUGUGCCUUUUGUCUUCAAAAUGAGAAAGAUGCCAGGGAAAAAAGCAAAAAAGGAUAUGAUAAUCCAGGAUUUGCCCUGUCAGAACCACCAGAAACCAUUGACACUAAAAUGUAGUAUCACAAGAACUUUAUCCUUAAGAUUUGGCUUAUACUUGUAAUCUCAAAGUCCAUAAGGACUGUGACUGCAAUUUAUUGAUUCUCCAUGAGAAAAUUAAUGUUACAUGUAGCACACUUACUUAGAAAUGCCAUUCUAAAAGGGGUGUACAUAUAAAUAUUAUAUUUUUACUUUAACAGAUGUUUGUUGUAGGUAUGAAAAGAUUAGAACAAAAACAUACUUACUGUAGUUCUUAUGAAAUAAGAUCACAAAAGAUCAUAUACACAUGUAAAUGAGGUAAUUACAUUCCCUUACUUCAAUUGUUAUUUUAUACACUUAUUAACACCAGCUGUUAAGAAUAUAAAUGGGUUAUUAACCUCUCUCUGUAACAGGUUAGCCUUAUACAAUAUACCAGCCUCUCUAAUAAGAUUUUACCACCAUUCCUCAAUGACUUCUUUUCUAGCUGUCACACUACAACAUGGUCCUGUUCUCUUUUUUUAUACAUGCCAGUGCUAUAUGGCUGUACCAUGUAACGUAGUAAUAUAGUAGAUGAAAAAAAAAAUGACACCGUUGAUCCAAAGGAAGACAAAAAACCCCAUCUGAAGCGCUGCAAUUGUCUCAUAAGGGGAAAAAAAUUGCUUCUUGACUCCAAGUGGACUCGGAGCAGUCCCUGGAUCAACUUGUACUAAGAGUAAAUUUCAGUAAUUUGUCACUUUUGUAAGAUAUCCUUAAAAAGGACUUGACAGCUCUCUCUAUAAAAAAAAUGUUUCUGCAUUUUAAGAUGAAAACUACAUUCUUCUAAUCUAAAUGUAUGCUCUCAUAUCCAUUCCCACUGGAAGGAUCUACUAAUGAAUAAAGCAGCAGAGAGUUUAUUGUAAGGUCCCCUUAAGCUUAUACACCUUGCAUAUCUUUUAUUAGCUUAGUCACUGUACCAUUAAUAUCCUCUUUAGUGAUGAGCAAAUUUUUUCGCUAGGCAUGGUGAAUUGGCGAAUUGUUUUUGGGCGUGCUCAUGUCAAAAUAGCUCAGGCGACAAAAAAAUAGACGUGGGCAACAAAAAAAAGUUGUGCGACAAAUGCGUUUCGCAAAUUUUUCACCGUUUCGCAAAUUUUCUUGCUGUUUCGCGAGUUUUAUGGCAAAGCAAAACAGGACAGAUUUGCUCAUCACUAAUCCUCUUUAAGGACUGAAGACCAAAAUUGCAGUUUAUGCACAUCAUUUUGAUUGAUAAAAUUCCAUCACAGCUUUCCACAUUUAGCAGCGCUAAAAGAGCACAGAUGGAUUACUAAGUAUUUUGCGCAGCACAAUGGCAGUUAAAACACGUAUUACAUUUUACAGUGGAGGGAUAUUUUAACCUUAGAAAGGCUGCAGAAUAGAAAGAUCAGUUUAACCUGGCAUUCCACAUAUGCAUGCUAAAACAUAUUAGAAUAGGGAAUACACGAGAUAUUAAAACGUAUGAGGUUAUUAGAACUCCCCAUGGAACGCAGCAUUACAUUUUAAUACAUUCACUGAGCCAUGUCCUUGUGAACUUAUAUCAAGCUUUGAAAUAACAAUGCUAACCUAAUUUAUUGUACCAAUAUCUAUAGAUUUUAUAUAUAUAAUAAAUUUGUAGCAAGUUCAAAUAUAUGCAAUACAAUAAUCUGUAUAAUAAAAUGGAUCUAUAUCAUUAUGAGCAUAUUGUAGACUAUUCAUCUACCCAUUUCUUAAAGUUUAUUUAUUUAUUACCCGUUUUUACAUUUUUGGAGUAUUAUUAGCUCUAAACAUAAAUCAAGGUUAAAAUUGGUUUUCUAGUGAGUGCAGCAUUAGAGGAGAAACACUCACUGUAAUUAUUUUGAGGUAGUUAUAGUCACAUAUUUUAAGGAGGGGAGAGGAGGUUUUUAAACUAUAGCUGACUGUAAUCUGUAAUUUAUGGAGUGAUAAAAAUCAGAGUGUUAAAAUCAGACUUUGGCAUGUUUCUAUUUGCUUCCUUAACAUGUAUCUGCAUACAAAUGUAUCUGUAUCAUGUGAAAAAUAAACCAGCCUGAGCUUGUGUGAAAAAA